AUGGCAACUGCUUCGGUCUCUACACCAGUGAAGACCCAUCAUGGGAUCUUUUCCUCCAAGACAGCCGCAUCUGAUGAAACCUCGCCAUUCACCCCUCAAAAGACAGACGCAGGCUGCGAGAAGCCCAAGUCUAUCUAUGGCGGUAACCUGUCGUCAUACUUUGCCAAGUCAUCGGGAUCCAAGACCAGCGCAACUACAAAGGCUUCAUUUCCGAAGACCUCGGUUCCUAAGACUUCAGUUCCCAAGGCUUCCGUUGCCAAGUCAUCUGUAGCCAAGUCAUCUCGCACCCACCGCGAUUCUCCCAAGUCCAACAUUGCACGCACCCGUCAUUCACCUAAGCAUUUGCAGCUUGGUGUCUCCGAUUGGUCUCUGACUGGUACCGGUCCCUCAUCCUCUGGCCAAACCCCUUCCAAGGAGCGCACUCGACGGGAGAUCACAACUCGGCCUCGCCCUACCAAGACUACCGUCCGCAUCUCUCACAAUGCUGGAGACCGAUUCAUUCCUAACCGAACGGCCAGUGAGGGCCUUGUCACAAGUGGUGCCGCCAAGCCUGACGAGAGCCAGCGUCCCAAGACAAGCGGCAGCGAGGGUUCUACUGUUCUGGCCUCUGCUGCCAGCGCCUUCGAUAUCAGUGGUCGUGCAAUUGAGGAUGAUUUGACCGCUGCUUUGGACAACCUAGGCCUGGAUGAUAGUGAGCCGCCAAACUAUUCCCGCCCCGCACCAGAUGCUGUCGCCUACGAGUCAUCGUUGGCCAAUGCCUGUGGCGUUAACCUCAACACUCGCAUUCUGGCAUUCAAGCCUCCACCUCCCGAAUCAUCGAAGCCGAUUGAUCUGCGUGCCCAGUACAACCGUCCCCUUCGUCCUGCCAAGUCCCAGAAUGCUCAAUUCCGCCGGCGGGUUCAGACUGCUCCUGAGCGUGUCUUGGAUGCACCUGGUCUGUUGGAUGACUACUAUCUCAACUUGCUUGACUGGAGCUCUGGCAACCAGGUCGCCAUCGGUCUCGAGCGCAACGUUUACGUUUGGUCUGCCGAGUCUGGCACGGUCAGCUGCCUUUUGGAGACCUCACCUGACACCUACAUCAGCAGUGUGAAAUGGAGUGGCGAUGGUGCCUACGUUGGCGUUGGUCUCGGAACUGGCGAGGUUCAGAUUUGGGACGUCGAGGAGGGUUCCAAGCUCCGCAGCAUGUACGGUCAUGAUUCCCGCGUCGGUGUGAUGGGCUGGAACAAGCACACUCUUUCCACUGGUGCUCGUAGUGGUCUCGUGUUCAACCACGAUGUUCGCAUUGCUGAUCACAAGGUUGCUGAGCUCGUUUCUCACACUUCCGAGGUCUGUGGUCUGGAGUGGCGCUCCGAUGGUGCUCAGCUUGCUACUGGUGGCAACGACAACCUGGUGAACAUCUGGGAUGCCCGCUCUCUUAGUGCCCCCAAGUUCACCAAGACUAACCACCGCGCUGCCGUCAAGGCUCUGAGCUGGUGCCCCUGGCAAUUGAACCUCCUCGCCACUGGUGGUGGCUCCUACGAUCGUCACAUCCAUUUCUGGAACACCACCACCGGUGCUCGUACCAACAGCAUCGACACCGGCUCUCAGGUGACCAGCCUUCGUUGGAGCAACCAUUACCGCGAGAUCGUUAGCUCUAGCGGCUUCCCCGACAACUCGCUCAGCAUCUGGAGCUACCCGACUCUGGUUCGCAACGUCGAGAUUCCCGCUCACGAGACUCGUGUUCUGCACAGCAGUCUCAGCCCCGAUGGUCAGAUUCUGGCUACCGCCGCUGCAGAUGAGAGCUUGAAAUUCUGGAAGGUGUUUGAGCGCAAGCCUGGUAGCAGCGCUUCUGCUUCCCGCGAGGGUGGUGUUGGUAGCAAGGCCCAGCUGACCAAGUCCAUGACGAUUCGUUAA